CGGCCCCGCCCCCUCCAGCUGAGCCCGGGCUGGGCAGCGGCGGCGGCGGCGGCGGCGGCGGGAUGUGGCUGAACCCCGAGGAGGUGCUGCUGAAGAGCGCGCUGCGGCUCUGGGUGCAGGAGCGAUGCAACCGCUUCUUCGUGCUGCAGCGGCGCCGCGGCUCCGGCCAGGAGGGCAGCGGCGGCGCCGGAGGAGGGCUGACCGGUCUCCUUGUUGGGACGUUGGAUGCUGUUCUGGAUUCCACAUCCAAAGUGGCUCCUUUCCGUAUCUUGCACCAGACCCCGGAUUCUCAGGUGUACUGGUCUAUUGCGUGCGGAGCCAGCAGAGAAGAGAUAACAGAACACUGGGAAUGGCUAGAGCGCAACGUCAUGGACACUCUCUCCGUGUUUGACUCCAACGAGGACAUCGUAAGCUUCGUGCACGGGAAAAUUCGAGGCUUAAUUGCUGAGGAGAGUAAAGGGUCUUUGGUCAAGGAAGAAGAUCCAGAGAAGUUCCGGGAAGCCCAUCUGAAGUUUGAGAAGUGUUUUGGGUUGGCCGAACAAGAGAAGCUCGUGACUUACUACUCGUGUAGCUACUGGAAGGGGCGGGUGCCUUGCCAAGGCUGGCUGUAUCUGAGCACCAACUUCCUCAGCUUUUACUCGUUCCUGCUGGGAGCUGAGACCAAACUCAUAAUUGCUUGGGAUGAAAUCUCCAAACUUGAAAAGACCUCCACGGUUAUCCUGACCGAAAGCAUCCAUGUUCGUGCCCACGGAGAGGACCAUUACUUCUCCAUGUUCUUGCACCUUGGUGAGACCUUCCUCCUGAUGGAACAGCUGGCCCUCUACGCCGUCCGGAGACUCUUCGACAAGGAGGGGUUUGAAGCUGACCCCACCCUCUGCGACCCCUUGCAAAUCACUAAGAGAGGACUGGAGAAUCGGGCCCACAGCCAGCAGUUCAACGCCUUCUUCAGGCUGCCCAGUGAGGAGGCGCUGAGGGAGGUGCACGAGUGCUUCCUGUGGGUGCCCUUCAGCCACUACAACACUCUGGGGAAGAUGUGCCUUUCGGAGAACUACCUCUGUUUUGCCAGCCAAGAUGGCUGCUUGUGCUGUGUCAUCAUCCCCCUGAGGGAGGUCACCGCAGUUGAGGUCGCUGACCACGCCAGCAAGGCCCUCAGCAUCGCUACCAAAGGAGCCCGGGUCUUCCGGUUCUCGGAAGUGAGAGAUUUUGAAGCUCUGGUGCUGAAGCUGAAGACCAGGUACAAUGCAGCACCAGGCCCCCAACACAGCACGAGUGGAGAGGUCGGGGUUAGCCCAGAGACCACCCCGGUCUGGGAGGACUACGAGGGGCAGCUGAUGGCCAGCCACAAAGGCAGCAGCACCACGGUUAGCACGGAAGCCCUGAUGAUCGUUUUUCACCCUCAGGAUGCAGAGAACCUCGAUUCCAAGAUGUUAAAAGAAAAAAUGAAAGAGCAGUCCUGGAACAUCCUUUUCAUAGAGUGCGGACGGGGCGUGAGUAUGUUUCGGACGACGAAAACCCGGGACCUGAUUGUCAGAGGCAUCCCUGAAGUCUUACGAGGAGAACUUUGGCUUCUGUUCUCAGGUGCUGUCAAUGACAUGGCAAGCCAUCCUGGCUAUUACUCGGAUCUGGUGGAGAGAUCUUUCGGGACGUGCACUCUAGAGACAGACGAAAUCGAGCGGGAUCUGCGCCGCUCGCUGCCCGAGCAUCCCGCCUUCCAGAGCGACACGGGCAUUUCAGCUCUCCGGAGAGUCCUCACUGCCUAUGCCUACAGGAACCCCAAGAUUGGCUAUUGUCAGGCCAUGAAUAUAUUAACGUCGGUGUUGCUCCUUUACGCCAAAGAAGAGGAAGCAUUUUGGCUGCUGGUGGCCGUCUGUGAACGGAUGCUGCCUGAUUAUUUUAAUCGCCGUAUCAUCGGUGCCUUGGUAGAUCAGGCCGUGUUCGAGGACCUGAUCCGUGACUACUUGCCGCAGCUGACGGAGCACAUGACCGACAUGACGUUCUUCUCCUCCGUCUCGCUCUCCUGGUUCCUCACCCUCUUCGUCAGCGUCCUGCCCAUUGAGAGCGCUGUCAACGUGGUGGAUUGCUUCUUCUACGACGGCAUCAAGGCCAUUCUGCAGCUGGGCCUGGCCGUGCUUGACUACAACGUGGACAAGCUGGUGGCCUGCAAGGACGACGCAGAAGCCGUAACAGUCCUCAACAGGUUUUUUGAGAGUGUGACCAACAAGGACAGCCCACUACCUCCAGCAGUUCAGCAGGCCUCUGGGAUGAGCGAAAGCAAAACCCCUCACCCCAGAGUGGACAUCACAGACCUCAUUCGAGAAUCCAACGAGAAAUACGGUGAAAUCCGAUUUGAGGAAGUGGAAAGCAUGCGACGUCGCAACAGACUAUAUGUCAUCCAAACCUUGGAAAACACAACUAAGCAGAAUGUGCUCCGGGUUGUCUCCCAAGAUGUGACUAUCAGCCAUAGCAACCUGGAAGAACUGUAUGAAUUAUUCAAGAAAGAACAUUUUCUCUCCUGUUACUGGAAACCAAACAGUCCAGCCCUAAAGCACCACGAUGCCAGCCUGCCCUAUCUGGACCAGUAUCGGAUCGACUGUCAGCAAUUCCGAAUCUUGCACCAUCUCCUGAGCCCGUGGGCACAUUGUGCCAACCGAGAUUCCUUGGCUCUGUGGACCUUCCGGCUCCUGGAUGAGAACGUGGACGGCCUGAUCAACUUCAAAGAAUUUGUAUCCAUUUGGGACGUCCUGUAUCAUGGAAGCUUCACCCAUAAGCUGACCCUGCUUUUCAAAUUGCACAUUCCACCAGCUUUUACCGAAGUGGAAUCGCUGAGCCCUUUUAAAGGAGCUCAACUCUCUAAAGAAGAAUUGAUCCAUUUCAGUCAACUGAGUGUUUCCUCUCCUGAAGAUAAAGCAGAUGCUUUAAAGACAAGUCCUGAAAAAGGGAAAGGGAAAGUGGACAUCCAGGCUUACUUGAAGCAGUGGCAAGACGAGAUCCUUAAAAAGGAAGCAAGCAUUAAGGAUUUGCCCCGGAUGAACCAGUCCCAAUUCAUCCAAUUCUCCAAGACCUUGUAUAACUUGUUCCACGGUGAUCCAGAAGAAGAGCUUCUGUUCCGGGCCAUCGCUACUGUCACCGGCCUCCUGUUGAGGAUGGAGGAGGUGGGACGAAAGCUCCAGAGCUCCACUUCCCCAGCCCAGAGAGGAACAUCUCCCGAGGCUGGUCCUACAGCACCCCCGACCUCCCAGACGGAUGAGCCGGGAGCCCCGCUCUCCAGCUCCGUCCACGAAGGCUGGUCGUUCGCUUUUGAGCAGAUCCUGGCCUCUUUGCUAAACGAACCCGCCUUGGUGAGGUUUUUUGAGAAACCGGUCAACGUCAGAGCCAAGUUAGCCAACGCUAAAGCCACUCAGUUAAAAUCAAGGGCUGGCCUGUAAGAACCCCUGGACUCGCUUCUCUUUCCUCCGCAUAAAACAAUCCGAAACGGGCGAUAACGUUGAGCUUCAAGUUCACCCUGAGGAUUUAGUCCCAUUCCCUUAAUAGCCGGGCGGCGUCCGUGGCUUUAUUUCUAUUUUUGUGGGGUCAAGUUGCUUGAAGCACAAUUGCACCUAAUCUUUGCAUUUCAAUACACCAGAUUUUAUAAGGCACAGCCACCAACACGGGGCCACUUGGAAGGGGGGGAAAAAUAACCCCUAAAUUGUCUCCUCGACAGUACAAGAUUUCCAAGUUCUCACUUUUCAAGCCCCUGUUUUGCUGUGUUGUCUUAACGGGUAAAGGCAGCCAUUUUUGCAAAGAGUUUCUUAAAACGUGGAAUGUAGGGCUGCUUAACGGAUUGAGGGCAGAAUCUGUAACCAGUUUAGAACACCUAUUUAGGAAAGUUGUUCAUUUCAAUGGGGGCCAAGAAUUUUUUUAAAAUAUACAUUUCUUCAAAACUUGGUUCUUCAAAGGCAUUACUUGCCUCACACUGAAGCCUUCUCGGCUGAUAGCGUUAAAUAUUUGCGACUGUGCCUACGUCUUCUGGACAGGUCUAUGACAAUCUGCACGGACAACUCGCCAUGGCCAACUUGCCACAGUCAACUUCCUGUGGCCAAGUUGCCAUGGGACAAUUCUCUGUGAGACAAGAGUUAAAACUAGUAUCAAAGAAAUGGUGGUAUAGAAUCAUUAAAGAAAGGAGGCAAAAGGAGAGACAUUAAUUAAAUUGGUUUGCUAAAUUGUCCUGCAGCGAGUUGUACUACAGUAAGUUGGCCAUGAUGAAUUGGCCAUGGAGAGUUGGCCGUGAGUUGGCUAAGGCAAGUUGGCCAUGAUCAGUUGGCCAUGAGUUGGCCAUGGCAAGUUGGCCAUGAUCAGUUGGCUGUAGAAAGUUAUCCCAUUCCACUUCUGGACAGUUCUUUUACUUAGUAUCCAAAACAAUGGUGAUUUGGCCCAAUUUUACAAGCCGGGAAGUGGCGUCGUAGUGUUAUUUUCCUCAAAGUGUGAGAUAAGUAGAAUUCUGAGGUUCCCUUUGAAAAACCAUCCAGUCCAAUCAAUGAAAAACUAGGAAUCUAGAAAUUCCAGAAUCAGCUGCUUAAUUCUAUAUACACACACCACUGAAAUGAUUUGGGGGAAACAGCUAUUUGACGUUGCAGUAAUUCCUUUAUUUCACACACACACACAUCUUUUUGGGUGGAAGCCAUUGUUUUAUGGGGUCCAAAAUCACAAAGGUGUUUAGUAAAAAGGAAUGGGUAGUAGUAAGAAAGUUGGAUGCGAUUACAAAAAACUCUUCUUAGUGUUGCCCAGAUGGGUCCUCUGCAAAGGUUGAGGGUUAAUGCUAAGCCAAGUUCUAGUACUUAAAUCCUAGAGAGCGAGUUAUGUUUCAGACUUCAGGCUGAAAUCCUUCCAGUUCCAGGUAAAACAUGGAUUGUGAGCCUGAAGCUAACUCAGCCCUAUUAGAAAAUAGAACAGUGAGGCUUUAUUCAGUUGGAACAAAAAUAAUUAGAAUUCAUUCUUCAAAGUCUUUCCAAGAAUCUAUUCCU